UUGACUAUCUGAGGCAGCUGUGGCGAACACUUGGGUGGACUUGGAAGGGUGCAAGCUGAUGCUCGCUGGACUUCUUGGUUGGCAAGAAGCACCAUUGCACGUUGGCAUCAAGACAGCCAUAGGAGUUUUCCGCAGCUGAUAGGCUCUCCUGGUGGCAAAUUGGGUGUUGGAAACCCUAGUGAAAGGCCACAUAAACUCAGAAACCGAUUCAAAAAUGAGGAGGAAAAUGGCAGCCAAGCGGAAUAUGGUAGCUCAGUAUCUCCAGUGUCCGGCACCACUGGAGCAAAGAGUGCAGCCGUCGGUGAAAAUGGAGAAGGAGCCAGACCCAAUGGGUUCUGACACACUGGGGAUAUCAGAGGGGUCAGUAAAAACCUACCGUAUUGUGCAGGUUGGGACAGCUGGAGGCGGCCUAAGGCUGAUAACACCUCAGCAGACCAGGAGCGAACGGCUGGAAACACCCCAGCGGUGGGAGAUUCAGGGGCAACAGGAAUUGCCAACUCCAGAUCUCACGCCAGUUCAGUCGCCUGCGUGGAGGAACCUGCAAGUGCCAGAACUCACAUUGACGGAAGAUGUUGAGACCUACCUGGCUACCUUUGAGGACGUGGCUGAGGCCUGCAAGUGGCCGAAGGAACAGUGGGUGACGCGGCUCAUGCCCGCCCUCAACGGAGCCGCGCUCCAGGCCUACAAUAACUUGGAUCCCAGAGAGAGCGGGGAUUAUGGGAAAGUGAAGGCCGCCAUCUUGCGAGAGGAUGCCGUCAGUCUGGAGAGGCAGCGCCAGAACUUCAGGCACUUCCGCUACCAGGAGGCCGAGGGCCCUCGCGAGGUCUGUGCCCGCCUGCGGGGGCUCUGCCACCGCUGGCUGGAGCCAGAAAGCCGCACCAAGGAGCAGAUUGUGGAGCUGUUGGUCCUGGAGCAGUUCCUGACCAUCCUGCCAGAGGAAAUGCAGGACUGGGUUCAGGAAUAUCGCCCCAAGACCUGCGUUCAGGCCGUGACCCUGGCAGAGCACUUCCUGCUGAAGCAGCAGGAAGGCGAGAGGUGGGAUCAGCAGGUGCUGGGGCCUUUUGUACUCGAGGAGGCUGUGAGCUUCCCAGAAACUGAGCAAGUGCCCUUGGACACCAGGCAGACGAUGCUUUGCAGAGAUGCCAAGGAGGAGAUGAACGGAAAUGCCACUUCAUUGGCAGGUGAAGAGAUCCAGACCAAAAACGGGGGCUUUCUAAUACAGGAAAGCAUAAAGAAGCAGAGAAGCCGGAUGCUCCCCACCUUGCAGCCAGCCCAGUUUGCCUGCCAGAACGUCGACGGCCAGCAGCCUGCGAAUAAGCAAGACGCGCUUUUCCCGUGCCCUGAAUGCGGGAAGAACUUCUCUCGCAAAUCCACCCUCACCAGGCACCGGAGGGUCCACACUGGGGUCAAGCCCCACCAGUGCACCGAAUGCGGGAAAAGGUUCCUGCACAAAUUCAACCUGGUGAACCACAUGAGAACCCACCUGCGGGAGGAAGCGAGCCGCUGUUCACUUUGCGGGAAGAAUGCAAAGUGGAAUUCGGGCCAGGGGGGCCACGACAGGAAGGCCGGGUGUUGCGAAUGCGCAGAAAGUUUCGGGCUGCAGUUCAGUACAGAGCAGAGCAUGCAGGAGAGAGAAGAGCCCUUCAGCUGACUUGAAGGCAAAGGCUGGAAUUGUAGCUGACUUGAAUGUAGAGAAUUUUUUUUUAGGAAAUACUCUAAACCUAGGGGAUCUUUUUUAUUUUUAUUUUCGUCCUGGAACUCUUUAGAAGCAGGAACUGCCUUUUGAUGACUAGGUGGUUACCUUUAACAUAAUCGAAGCAAAGAAUGCCUUCAGCAGCUCAGAUGGGUUGUAUGUUUGUUUGUUUUCCUUUGGAUGUUUGUCAGUUUAUGGAGGGGAGUGGGGUGGAAGAAGGCAAAGAAGCCCCAACCUGCAUUUACAGCGGGAAAUAUUUGCUCCUCCUAAUGCCGUUGUGAAAGAUGGACAAGGAUUCCUCUUGUGUCAGUUGCACAGGACCUACAUGCGGAACUAGUAAAAACUACACACAAACGCAAUGUGAUUGAAUGGCAUCUUAUCCACACACGCUUUUCAACUGACAGAAUAGCUGUCUGAAUAUUGAAAUCUGAGCAGUGAAAAGAUAAGCUUCACCCUCAAAACUUAUUAUCAUAAAUAGGAAUGCAAGCUCAAAGUAUCUGUAUUGGAUGACCUGGAAAGCCAUGUGGGUGGGUGCCAACCAAUCAUAUUUUGUCUAAGAAAUGACAGAGUCAGAAUUCUGUUAGUUUGGAGCAAACUCCUGGUAAUGUGUCACCUCAAAGGCCUUCAAACCACUUCCUCCUUCAUGGUGGUCUUUAACAAAACAUACUCACUAUUGCAAUGUGGAAGAGAUCUGUUCUACUGACAUUCAACUUUUCUUUGUGUUUCUUUUUUCAUAGCCUCUCAAUUUAGAAGUGGAGCAAUUCAUAAAGAAUAUUUGUUGUCCAUUCAAACCUCUCCUUUUACAGUUUGUGGCAGGAGAUCUCCCUCUUAAACUAGUUUUCUCGCCACCCAAUUAAUUUACUUUUAUUUAUUUUUUUUACUUUUAAGAAUUAAGAGAGUCUCCAUAGUUUCACAUGCCCAAGGGGGACCUUGGACUUGUGUUUUUUUCCUCAAAUAACAGCUUUCCAUACCACUAAAGCAUUUCAGAAGUAGUUUGUGAUAAGAAAUGGGAGGUCUGGUAUUCAAAAGGGUGGGGGGAGUUUUUAAAAAUCCUACUGCGUAUGGCUAACGUAGCUUUUGGAACUCUGCCUCUGUUUAUUUGUACAAGCCUGUCAAAACACGUUUCAGUAUUUCAAGCCUUUCUAACACUACCAGUUUUAACCCCUGUAACACUGUUGAUACACCAAAAUUGCAUGUUUGGAAACCUGCAAUGAUUAUAGCUGCAUAUGUAAAUUUUAGGGUUUUUUU